AGAAAAGGUAAGUAACCCCUCCAUGUCUCCUCAUUUUUGUACCCGUUUUAUUCCGUUGUUGACAUUCAGGGUAGCGGGAGAAAGUUGUUAGGGCGAGAGCCGAGGGAUAGCCCUAUGCUAGGCAAGUUGUCCACCUCAAAAUAUUUGCUCAGUUUGUUUCUGAAGGUUGUCAAGGUAAGAAUACGUAACUGUUCUAAAUUGUAAUAGUAUUAAUCACUGUUUCUUAUACCUUAGCCCCAGGUUCCGUGGGUACUUCGGGUCGUAGCACCCACCGAGUCAUGUUAGCAUGGUUAGCUUCAUGGAUGUAGCAGCUAACAGGCGCCAUACUGCUUGUACAGAUUAUGUUCAAGUGUAUUGGGAAUAUGAACUCAGUUUUCAAAUGGCAUUACCUUUAAAGCACAUAAAUUAACUAUUAAAAUGUGUCUGUCAUGGUUGUUUUUUGUUAUUCUUUCUUUUCGAACAGACCAUGCUACUGCGUGUCUUGUUUGGUGGGGAGCAGAAGUACGUGAAACUUUCUGACCUAACAUUUGAUGCAUUCGUGAGAGAAGUGUGCCUGAAAUUUAACAUUCCAGAAGGCAGACAGCAGGAUCUGAAGGUGUAUGACCAGUCUGAAACAGAAGUUGAUGUAGAUGUUUUUGAAGAAAUAGUGAAUCAGUCACCUGGAACCUUUCGAGUUAUGUUGAGCAACAAAGAAGAUCCUGGUGCUGUUCUAUCAUCAUCGUCAUCUUCAGUGACAUCUGACGAUACUAUCAUUCUGAAUUUCACAAUGUGUGACCCAUCAGAAGAAGAAGCUACUGCUGAAGGAAGUCAACCUAAAAGGCCAUGUCGCAUAAAUUAUGAGGCACAAGCAGUUGGAACCAGUGUUCAGCAGCAUCUUGACAAAAUCAAGCAACGUACCCAGCCCUACCUCCUGGCCCAUGGAUCCAUCCAAAGCAGUAUUCAUGCAUUCUUCAUUGUGAUUGACAACUAUGCCAUUCCAUGUAAGGCAACAUGUUCAGUUGGAGCUCUUGAUGAGCUCUUUAAGGCCCAUUAUGUGUUUGGUACGUCAUACAGUGCUCCCUUGACCAACUUCUUCACCUUUCUCCAAACAACUGUUUACAACAUAGAUGUUGGAGAAACAAAGGAAACACCCAGAGUUGCAGAGUUGAGAGCAAGAAUGCUCCAUUAGUGUGACAUCAAACAAUGAAGUGUUUUAUCUGCAAAUGUGACAGUGAUGCACCAAACAGCCUUGUUAAGCACCUUAAACUAAUCCUUUGUUCUGGCAGGACUCUCCAUAUUCAAUGUGGUCAAGUAGGAUGCUCACGUUCUUUUGGGAGCUUUUCUGGUUUUAGAAAGCAUCUAAAUAGAUGUCAUGUUAGUGGUUCAUCUGAAUCUGUAGAAGAUGGGGAGUUUUCACCUUACAAAGCUGUUCUGGACACAAGAGAUGCCAGAGAUGUUGAAAUGGUGACUGAAUCUUUAGAGGCUGACACAGAUUUAUGUUCAACAAACAUUGUAAAUAGUUGUGCAUCAGUAAUUUCAGAUAUGGAGGCUGCAGGUGUUGGCCAAAGUUUGGUGAAUUCUGUUGUGAUUUCCAUGGAAGAGAUUGUAAAAGACAUCCAACAUCACGCUAAAGAAACUGUAAUAAAGAAUGUAUUUAGCAGUGAAAGAGAUACUGUGAUGUGCAAGAAAGUUGAAGCAUGUUUUGAAGAACUUGAGAAUCCUUUCACAAUUCUUAACUCGGAAUACAAAAGAUCUAAAUUUUUGUCAAGCAAGUGGGAAACUGUAAAACCAAUUGAAUGUGUAAUUGGAUCAAGAUUUGACACUAGACGAAAUAAGAAGACAGGAACAUAUGAUCAGGUUGUAGUUCAAGACAAGUUCAUGUAUGUUCCAAUUCUAUGUACUUUGGAGUCUAUAUUUAAAAGUCCAUAUUCUACUGAAAUGUUGAAAAGCUCAACUUUUGAUGACUCAACCCUUAAAGAUAUUUAUGAUGGAUCUUUUUUUAAGGGUCAUCCUUUGUUUUCAACUGAAAAACACUCAGUGCAAAUCCAGAUGUUUUAUGAUGAUUUUGAGGUAGCAAACCCUCUUGGUUCCAAACGAGGUAUUUACAAAUUGGGUGCAAUAUAUUUUACAUUACGUAACUUCUCUCCAAAAUGGAAUUCUCUUUUGGCUAACAUACACCUUUGUGCCUUGUUUCAUGCACAAGAUGUUAAACGGUAUGGCUUCAGUGAAAUUCUUGCACCUAUUGUUAGAGACAUUAGAGUUUUGGAAACUGAUGGAAUUUUUAUUCCACUGUACGGUUGCCAAGUUUAUGGGAGUAUUGUGCAGGUUACUGGGGAUAAUUUAGGCCUACAUAGCUUGUUUGGUCUGGUUGAGUCUUUCAGUGCAAGGUAUUGUUGCAGGUUCUGUUUAGCUGAAAAAGAUGACUUUCAAACAGAAUUCUCUGAAGAUUCUUCCAAAAUAGUGCUGCGCACCAAAGAAAUACACACUGAACACUGCCAAGAAAUGGCUUACAAUCCCUCUCUUCCUUAUGUUUUUGGUGUGAAGCGUUCAUGUAUUUUAAAUUCACUUAUGUUUUUUCACACAACUGAAAACUUCUCAGUUGAUGUGAUGCACGACAUUUUCGAAGGUAUUGGCCAGUACGAGUUGAAAAUUUUGUUUGAGUAUUUUAAAGAACACAUUACAUUGGAAGAACUGAAUUUGAGAAUACAAACUUUUUACUAUGGAUUCAUGGAGAGGAACAACAGGCCAGUGGCUGUCAAUUUAUGUGGGGAAUCGAAUGAUCUGGGACUAAAUGCAGUUCAAUCAUGGUGCUUGCUGAAGAAUGUUCCUCUCAUGUUUGGAGAUCUGGUAACAUCUGAUAAUCCACACUGGCACCUCCUCCUUUUACUACUACAAAUUGUUAAUAUUGUUCUUUCUCCAAUGUUAACCCAAGGUCUGUGUGUAUAUUUAAAACAUUUGAUUGUGGAACAUCACAAACUGUUUAAAAAGUUGUAUCCACAAAAAAAACUUUUACCAAAGCACCAUUUUCUCAUCCAUUAUCCUAGGUGCAUUCAGAAAAUUGGCCCUGUACUUCAUAGCUGGUGCAUGCGCUAUGAAGGUAAACACAAUUUUUUAAAGAAACAGUUAAAGUCAUUUAAAAACAUUACCAAAACACUCGCUAAAAAACAUCAAAAUUAUAUGGCACAUGUUUGGCAAGCUUCUUCAACUUUUAAUCGAUUGGACAUUGGACCAGGGAAAAUGGUAUCUUUAAAAAUGGUAAAAGGAGGUUCUGACAUUUCUGAGGCAGUGCAAGUGUCUCAUGAGGCUCAAGUUAUGAAAGUGAACUGGGCAAAACACAGUGGGUUUAUUUACCGUCCUCAUCUGGUUAUUUGUGGCAAAGUUGAAUCUGAGAUGCCUGUCUUUUACCAGAUCAAGUCUGUGUUCAUAGUUAAAGACAAAUUGUUGCUGCUUACAUUGCCUUUAUGUACAGUAACUUUUCAUGAACAUUUUCAUGCUUAUGAAGUUACUAAAAUGGUGCAAGAUUUUGUUGUGUUUGAUGUCAACCAUCUAUGUUAUCCAAAGCCCUUUGACAUACAAAUGUCAUAUGAAGCAAAUGACACUGCUCUCUUUGUUGUCCCAUAUUGCUAUCUUUGGUGAACAUUCUUUUGAAGAUCAUUAAAAUGACACUGUUAAAGUAAUUUUGUCACUGGAUCAUAAAGUUGAAUAAAUGUUGUCACUGUCAACUUAUAACUUUGUGAUUAUUGUGAGUGAUAGAUUUUAUAAAAGCCAUAUAAUGCUCAAAUUUAGCAUUAUAUGGUAUAUGUGUAAAAAAAACUGGAGAAAGGAAAAAAAAAACAACACAAUAAAGUGUACAUAUUUAAGUAAAUUUAGUGUAAAAUUAACAACAUAAAAAUAACAGUAUUACUCUGAAGAGUGUAAAACAACAAUAGUGUUAAAUAAAUUGACUCACUGACUUGUUGUUUUUGACACUAAAAUGAGUAAAAUUAACUCUGACAAUUUGACACUGGCUAUAGAGUACAUUUUACUCUAUUUUCGAGUGGGACCAAAUGUUAUCUGAAACGGAGUUAAAUUCAACUCUAUAGGUGUUAAAUUGACACUUUGUUUUUUACUGUGUAAGUGCUUCACACCUUA